AUGGCAGCUGAAUUCAAAACCCUACCGGACGGGCUCAGGUUGGCAACAGCGGCUCACGUGAAGUACGUCCAGAGUCUGGACACCCGCAAGGAUGAGUACGACUACUGGCUGACGGAGCACCUGCGCCUGAGCGGCAUUUACUGGGGCUUGGUCGCUCUCCAUCUACUCGGACACCCUGAAGCGCUUCCCCGUGUCGAGACGAUCGACUUCGUUCUCUCGUGCCAGCACGAGAACGGAGGGUUUGGGGCCGCGCCCGGCCACGACGCUCACAUGCUGUAUACAGUUAGUGCUGUACAGAUUCUGGUGAUGAUUGACGCCUUGGAUGAGCUGGAGGCGCGCGGCAAGGGGAAAGCUCAAGUAGGCAAGUUCAUCGCGGAUCUCCAGAACCGCGAAAGCGGUACGUUUGCAGGUGAUGAAUGGGGCGAGGAGGACACCCGCUUCCUCUACGGUGCGUUGAACGCCCUGUCUCUCCUGGGUAUGAUGUCGCUCGUCGAUGUCGACAGAGCUGUCCAGCACAUCGUCGCCUGCACCAACUUCGACGGCGGCUACGGCGUGAGCCCUGGCGACGAAUCGCACUCCGGCCAGAUCUUCACGUGCGUAGCGGCGCUCGCCAUCGCAGGACGGCUAGACCUGGUCGAAACGGACAAGCUCGGGAGAUGGCUCAGCGAGCGGCAGGUCGCGGGCGGUGGGCUGAACGGGAGGCCUGAGAAGGAUGAGGACGUCUGCUACAGUUGGUGGGUGCUGAGCAGCCUGGAGAUCAUCGGGCGGACGCACUGGAUUGACCGACAGAAGCUCACCACUUUCAUCCUCAAAUGUCAGGAUCAGGAACUGGGGGGUAUCUCGGAUCGGCCUGGAAACACGGUGGAUGUAUGGCACACGUGCUUCGGCAUGACGGGCCUGAGCCUGCUGGGUUAUCCGGGCACGGUGGCGGUUGAUCCGGUAUACUGUAUGCCCAAAUCAACGAUUGACAGAGCGCUGGGGAGGAAGCCGUGA